UGGCGUGUGACUUGGGACAUGAGCCAAGUACAAAUAUUUGAUGCACGUAAUUUGCAUUGCUGCGUCCACCGUCCACAUGCCAGAGUUUGGGCGAGUUAUACCAAGAUCGGCGUACAGUGCGUUAUACGAGCGAGGAUGUCUCUGCUGUCGCGUCCAGUGACUGGUGUAUCGUAACCGCUUUUUCUCCGAACAUAAAGUGCACAGAGCACCUGACAGUACUGUGCACUCUUAUGGCCCGUUUCAUCUUGCUCGAGUUACCAACGAAGUUUACAAGUGGAUUCGUAGAGGAGAUGGUAGCCCGCUAGUGCACACACAGUGUUUUGUUUAUUACUUCUUUUCCAGACGAGGAUAUCGCACUUCGCUUUGGAAACUUUAUCAUGACAGCUGUAUUUUUUUUAAAAAGCGACGAUGCCAGUUUGAUUACAGAAAACCUCGCAUAUUCUUAUGUGGCGGUGGGCCGCAUCACUUGGAAAUUCACGCUCAUGCACUGAAAAGAACCGAAACGAGUUGACCGCCAGCUUAGAGCUAGAGAUGUAGAUACGGCAGAGUCCGCAUCGUGGGAUUUGCAAUGAUCGGGCGAGAGAUCCGUUGCCGCGUAACUGAGCGUUAAAAUAACAAAAUUGCUGCCGCUUAAUAAAACGGUGCGCCGGGAUAUCUUGAUUGGCAACUACGAUCAUGUCGUGAUUAAGUCGAACCAUAACAUGUUUUGUUGUGUUCUGUCUGAGAUAAAUUGCUUCGGUUGCUUGUAACGAAAACAAGGAUUGCAGAAGAAGAGUACAGAAACCAACAGACCGUAGCCUACUCGGCAAGGAUCUGGAGGUACGAAUUUAACACCCCCCCCCCCCAAAAAAAAAAUGGCGCCUGGAUAUGAGACUGGUACUGAGUCGCUUCCUCCAUCAACAAACUUGAUGACCGAAGACGCACCUUACCAACUUCUCCCACAUUCUACCGCCGGGGUCGGCUGGGACGAUAAUGCCGGUCUCACCAAGCAAUCUCCGGCCGAGAAUACCAUCCCCCGUGCCGGUGACGACGUCUUCACCCCGAGUCAGUACACGUGGAACCUGAUCAUCGGCAUCACCGCGUCCGUCGUGUUCGUGCUGGUGACCAUAGCGGCUCUGUUCGGGCUGAUUGCCUUCAAGAGAUACAUGAGGAAGCGGAACCGGACACUGAGCGCAGAUACCGGCGUCUUUUCACCUCGGAGGGGCAGCAAGGCUGGCCUGGACAUGAUCGACAAUGCAGUGGUACUGACGUCACACAGUUCACUGCAAAGAAGCGGUUCCCUUCGCAAGCAGUUCCAGAAGUUUCUGUCAAGAUGAAGGACGGUGCUUUGGAUCUUUGGCAACAGGGAGAGCACCUGAUGUGCCCGAGACCUUGAAAUACUUUGUGCCGUUGAACGGGACAUAAUGCACAGCUUUCACCGAGGCAUGCAUGAUCAUCAUGCAAACCAUACGACAUUCAUCACUGACUGUGACAAUGACUGGCUCCUUGUAAUAAAUUCUUAUGUAAAACACUGUUGGAGUCUAAUCGGGUACAAGACGGUACCUGUAAGCCACCUGAUCAACCGCUAUAACAGCUGGCUUAAUUCGUUGAAAUGUGGUACAGAUUUUCUUGCUUAUACAAAAUGUACAUGUAUAUUUGUACGAAAAGAUAUAACUGGUAUACACACCCGAGGCACUUGCUGGUGUAGACGAUAUGGCAUCAAGUUUAUGGGCGCAGAGAUAUAAUUGAAUUUAAGGGCGACAGCUAGACGUUUAGACGCCAGCUGAUUGGUCACAAUCUGAGGGUCAAGAUGGGAUGUCUUGCUAAUUAAUCGACGGAUAUCUUUUCACGCUAAUUAUCAUAGACUUUUAGGCCACCCAGGUGAGCGUGUCGGGUCUGUGCACAUGGGCGUCGCCCCCCCCCCCCCCCCAUCGUUGAGAACAUGCUGGAAAAGUACAGGGAUUUUUUUUGGGGGGGGGGGGGAAUGUGCUU